UGCGCACGUUACCAAAGACAGUCAACAAAAAACGGUGAGAACCGGUGUAGUUUCGGUUUAGUUUAGUGUCAACAGCAAACGUGAGUUGAAGUGAGAAAAUUUUAUGCAAUCACAAGCACCUUGAAAUAUUAAUAAACGCGUCUUGAUCGAAGAAAGGAAAUUACGAGGAAAAAAUCAGUUACAAUCGAUUCAUUCAACUUAAACGGUCCACCCUCAAUCAAGAUGAAAUCCUUAGUCAUCAUCUUUGUCAUUUGUUUGAGUUGCUGUGCUUACGGUGAAGAUAAUAAGCCAGCAAAAGCUAUUGCAGUGUUGGGCUUCUCAGAUAAAGUGUUUGGAAAUGUAACCUUCUCGCAGCCAUCGUGCCACGAAGCUGUCUUCAUACAAAUUGCAAUAGUUGGAUUGACGCCCGGAAAGCAUGGCUUUCAUGUACAUGAAAAAGGCGACUUAAGCGGUGGCUGUGUGAGCACUGGCGGCCAUUACAAUCCCGACAAAUUGAAACACGGCGCUCGUGAGGAUUCUGAUCGUCACGUCGGAGAUUUGGGAAAUGUUGUUGCCGAUCAAACUGGCACAGUUUCAACUUCUUAUUCCGAUAACGUAAUUACAUUGUUUGGAUCGCGAAGCAUCAUUGGACGUGCGAUUGUCGUUCACGCAGCAGAAGAUGACCUUGGACGUACUGAUCAUCCCGAUUCACAUAAAACUGGAAACGCUGGCGGUCGUCUUGCAUGUGGCAUCAUUGGAAUUUUGUAAAUAUUUUCUUGAAUAGCUUGCGCUUGUUCUUGUAAUGUUUACAAACGUUUUCGUUUGCUUUCGUGACAUUCUUAUUUCAUUUUACGAAAUUUUAAUUUUACAUCUUUGUUUGUUUUCUCACACGGUUUGUAAAUCAUUUUAUUCUUUAGGCGACAAUAAAUCUUAAAUCCCCUCAUGUGUUCAUUGUGACCCCCAGAACAAAAUAAACAACACAUCCGCACACACGUCACCUUGCAUUACUCGACUUUUUUUAUUGCUAUUCAUGUGUCACAAACAUUCUCCAUAAAUUAAGAUCAAGGUGAGGGUUUUUCCCUCACGCUGACAGUUUUUAAUGUUUCAAAUUUUUUGUCAUCAUUUUGUUUAUUGAUAGAUGAAAAUUAUUGCUUUUAAUUGCUUAAAUGUUGGCAAUGUUUUGGUUAAUUUUGGAAUUGAUAAACGACAAGUGGUGAUUUAUUUUAAUAAUCUUUUUUAGAGAGCCUUCGGAUGUUGAUUGGCCUUGCACAAGUGGAUCAUCACAUUUGGGAUUAGCGUCAGUUCUUUUACUCGUUAUUGCCGUGAUAAGCUUCAGAUUCUAAAUAAUAAACUUAAAUAAGUUUUCAUAAUCUCUCGUCUCAUUCUCACUUGAUUUGCUUUUUAUUUUAACACCGAAUUUAUUUUUAUUAUGUUUUUGAGUUUUAUGAUUGUAAAUCGCAUAAUCAUUAAUUAUUUGAAAGUUUCAUGUUCCGAGCCUUUCACGCCUCUUUUCACUUGAAGCGUCCUGGAAAGAAAUCUUUUCUGCCUUUUCACACAACAUUUCAUCGUUUCUCAUUCUUUCAACCCACGAUCCUUUCGAAUUGAAUGAGAUUGAUGACCUGAAUAAAAGGUCUGAAAUGAAAUCUUAUCGUCUUGAAAUUUUACCGAGAUUUAUGCUACUUGAAACUAAAGUUUUGGUUUAAGUAAAGAAAUUCCUUUGCAUUAGGAAUGACCAGAAAACCAUGCGGCAUUUGAAGCAAGAAAAUUCCUUUUCUCGGUGAAUAAAUAGUUCAAGCAUCUGGUAGAAGUAAAGCUCGCCAUAUGUGAAAGUUCUGUAGACCCAUAUAAGCAGAUGGGCUGUAAAAAUUAUUUCUCACUUUUUGUACAUCCUUCUAAUCAAUCAUCAAUAAAAGAAAGAAUAAAAAACUUCUUUUCCUUUCUUCCCCCUUGGCUUAUUUCUCAGCCAAUUUCUAACACAGCACAAAAAAAAGCUUCGCGUUCUGCUUUUUUAUUCGCAUUCAAUGUAGCAACUCAUCCGAAAAAAGGAAACAUUCUUAGGAUGAUUUACAUUACAAAUUCCUUUUAUUUCUUAAAAUCUUGUGGAAUGAAAAAAGAAAGAAGAAUUCUUGGUAAACAAGACGAGACAAAAGGUCAGUAGGCUGCAAGGCUUUCUCAAUGACAUCAAAACAACUUCGGUUGCCUCAUGCAUGGUUUAUGACUUCUCGAAAGUUAUUUAUCGGAACGUUCGUCUGCGUAAUUAAUGAUAAAUGUAUUAAAUAUUCAUAAAGUCAAUUUCUUCGAUCAAUGAAUAAGAAGAAAGCAAGGGAAACCUCAUUCUUUUGCAAAUCAGCAGAAAUAUGAACGAAAUCGGUUGAGACGAGAUGAUAUCGAUAGAGUAAAUAACAUAAAAUUUAUGAACUGAGACUUAUUCAUGGGCAGUGCGUUCUUAAACAUCCGCAUCCGAUGUCGGCUCUGUGUCUCUCCCAUAUCGAACAAAUUGUUCUUAUAUUUUGAAUACUUAAUGUGUUGUUUGAACAACUUUCAUAAUUUUCAGCAAACAUCAAAAGACAAAGACGAUUAGUGAACGAAAAUAGGACUUCUAAGUUUUCUUUCUCGUUUAUUAAACCAUUUGGCAAUGUAAGGAGCGUUGAAACAUCGAGAAAUAUGCCAUAAAAAUAUAUUCAAAAGCUCAGCCGUUAUUUGUGCUUUCGAUUUGUUAUUCAUCAAACAGUGUGAACAAAAAAAUGGCUCGAGUGCCAAACGCAAGAGCAUCAUAAAUUAUCCCGAAAGAAACUUUCUCAAUAAAAGUCUUCGGCAAGCCAUGAAAAUUACAAGAGACACAUAUGGAGAGAUUCAUCGCUUAAGU